UUGGUGUCAGAAUCCCUACCCAGAAUCAGACAUAAGAGAUAGAAGACAAACAAAAGCGCCUCCAUUGUUUCGACUCUCUUGUAGCUUCUUCAAACUCAUAUUUUGAGCAAAGAUCUGAAAGCCAUAUCACUGAAAAUUGAAAACAUAAAAAAACAGCUUUUUUAUUUUAAAUUUUUGGGCCUUUCCAGUUUCUUCCAAGUGUUGAGGUUUUUUUUUUUUUGAUUAUCGUGUCGUGAGGGAUAUUCUUGGUGCCAUAGGACUCUUAUGCCGAUAGCAAUCUAAUCAUGGAUAAGGUGUCUCCGAAUUGUCCAUACCCGGGGUGCUUUUUCUGUGUUAUGAAAGAAGGGAACCCUAGUAAGCGCAGAGCCAGUAUUCUGAAAUUCUUCAGAGAUCUUCCUUCACAAGAUGAUGAUGGUCAGGUUCUUCCCAUCAGUGGCCUUUGGAAUACUGCCAUGGCACAUCCUAAUGAUCCCGAAUUCAUCGAGUUGGGGAUUUUCGAGUGCAUGGCUGCACUGAUCUGGAAAGGUCUCAAGAACCGUCGCUGGCUUUCUCACGACCAAAAUAUAUAUAUUCCUUAUUACGCGGCACAUAUUAUCGGAUCCUACACCAUGAACAUGGAAGAGUUUGCAGAAACCGCUGUGCAUGCUGGUAUAAUUCCUCCCUUAGUUGAGCUUCUGAGAGGGAGGCUGACUUGGGUUGAACAAAGAGUGGCAGUUCGAGCCCUAGGACACUUGGCUACAUAUUCAAGCACUUUUCCUGCUGUAGCAAGUCAUGGAGAAAUUCUCGAGCUCUCCAUUCAGCUUGCAAUGAGUUCACUUGAAAAAGUUUACUCUCACUUUUAUCAGAAUGUUGAUAGAAGGCUAAGUUAUCACUGUGAUCUGCUUACUCGUGGUAUGGGUGGUGUUGAAAUGGAGUCGAGGAAAGCUGAAGAAUGGGCAAGUCAGCUGCAAUGCUGGUCCCUUCAACUCAUUAAUUGCUUCGCUUUCAAGCCUGAGUAUCUUCCCACCAUAUGCAAACCCGAAUUUCUCGUAAAACUACCGGGAAUGUGGGGUGGACUCGUAAAUGAAAACUCACCAGCUGGUAUUGGUUUGUUAAGAACCAUCUGCCACCAUAAGCUUGGUAGGGGACCUGUUGCAAGCUGUCCAGGUAUUAUUGAGGCAUUGUGUAAUAUUGCUUGCUCGUCUGAUGAUUGGCAGUACAUGGCUAUCGAUUGUCUUCUUUGGUUGCUUCAAGAUCCAAGUACAUGCCAUAAGGUGAUAGAUAAGGCAGUACCUGCCCUCGUAGACCUAGCGGAGAUUACGGCUCUGGGUGAUCACAAGAAACUUGGAGAUUCCAUUGUUAAUGUUCUUCAGGAAUGCAUUCAAUCACAAGGGACAAGACAUGGCUCUCUUAGUAACCGUACGAAAGAACUGAUUGAAGAAAUAUUGACUUCGAGGCAAAGAUUGAAGUGGGAAAAGAAUAUGCCAAAGGAGGAUCUCCAUAUUAAACAGGCUGCUGCUUUAGUGGUCAAGCUUGAAGGGAACUCGCUUUUCUCGUCGGGAAAUAUAUCUGGAGCAGCAUCAAAAUACUCGGAAGCAAUAUCGUUGUGUCCAACGAGAUCCAAGAAGGAGAGAGUUGUUCUGUACAGUAAUCGUGCUCAGUGUCAUCUCCUAUUGCAGCAACCCUUGGCUGCCAUAAGUGAUGCUACACGUGCACUGUGUCUUCACAAUCCAGUUAACCGUCAUGCCAAAAGCUUGUGGAGAAGAGCUCAGGCUUAUGACAUGCUUGGUUUAGCUAAAGAGAGCUUGCUCGAUGCCAUUCUAUUCAUAAAUGAAUGCUCUCAGUCAAACGACCCAGAUCUCACGCUGAGGCAAAAUAAGGUUCCCGACUAUGCUGAACGAUUAGUCAAGAAGCAAAUGCGUGCAGCUUGGUUAUUUAGAGAGUCGGCUGUUAAACUUGGGGGUGUUCAUUGUGACGGUGAAGCAGGUGACAUGUACGGACCGGAUACAGAUGACUCAGAAUGGGAGACAGCUAGUGAAAGUGAUGAAGGAAAUGGCGGAAGGGCUGAAAUGGGUGAUGACAACGAUGACGAUGAUAGCGAAUGGAAGAAUGAAGAUGAGGGGGAAGAUAAAUAUGAAAAACCCACAAUGAAAGCUCGCUGAAGAUGGACCAGUAAAUGUUUGAACAAACACUCGGCAUGCAAAACAUGAACAUUCGGCUUGUCUUUGGUUUAAAAAGGUAAAACAUGUUUUACAAGCAUUCUUUUAUGUGAUUUCUUCGUGUGAUUUUCACUUGUAGAAAGUGAAUACAGAUUUUGAGUGUAGAGAACAAUUGUGUCCAAGGGUGUGAUAGCUUUCAUGUUAUGUUAUCUGGACUUAGAGAUGACCGUUGGAUUCGAG